AUGCUGUGGGGCAGAGCUAUGAACAUCCCCUUCCCAUGCCAGCUUUGUACCAUUGCAGUGUCUAUUCUCAUGAGUCUACCAACUCAGUGCUAUGCUGGCAAGAUCCUUGUGUAUCCGGUGGAUGGCAGCCACUGGCUGAACAUGAACAUUCUCCUGCACGAGCUACACAAACGUGGACACGAGCUAACUGUGGUGCGCUCGUCCACGAGCUGGUACAUCCCUGAAAACGCAGACCACUACAAGGCCAUCACUAUUCCUACCACCCAUGCGAGCAACCUGGAGGACCCUGAGUACAUGGCAGCUUUCUUGAAAAGGAACAUUGAAAUACGCAGUGGCGACGGGUCCAUUUUGUCUUUCAUUGCCCUUCAGCAAGAGACUCUGACCUUGCUGAUGGAGGCUCAUAAGGCUUCUGCUGAGAUGGUUCGGGACAUCCUCCACAACAAAGACCUGGUGAGGUCACUGAAGAACACAGGCUAUGACAUUAUGCUGACCGAUCCUGGAUUUGCCGGGGGAGUUGUGUUAGGGCGCUACCUAGACCUGCCCUUGGUUUUCAAUGUCCGCUGGAUAACAAAUUCUGAGGGUCACUUUGCAAUUGCACCCUCUCCACUAUCUUACAUCCCGACCAUUGGUUCUGAGGUCUCUGACAAAAUGAGCUUUGCAAAUAAGCUGAAAAACGUAUUGCACUAUGGAAUAGGCCAGUAUAUUGACCAUGGCAUUACCAGACCACUAUACCAGGGUGUCAUUAGUGAGUUCAUCGAUCCAAAUGCCAAUAUUUACUCUUUGAUUCAAGGGGCAGACUUGUGGCUAAUGCGCGUGGAUUUUGUCUUUGAGUUCCCACGUCCCACUAUGCCCAAUGUAGUUUACAUGGGAGGUUUUCAGUGUAAACCUUCCAAGGCUCUACCUCCAGAGUUAGAGGAGUUCAUGCAGAGUUCAGGGGAGCAUGGGGUGAUUGUUAUGUCCUUGGGUACUCUCCUCGGAAGCCUGGUGCCAGAAAUAUCAAAAGUCGUUGCAGCUGCCUUUGCAAGGCUGCCGCAGAAAGUCGUGUGGCGGCAUCUCGGAGAGAGGCCCUCUACUCUGGGUAACAACACACUGGUGGUGGACUGGCUUCCACAGAACGACCUGCUGGGUCACCCCAAGACUCGAGCUUUCGUAACCCAUGGAGGCACCAACGGGAUCUACGAGGCCAUCUACCACGGAGUCCCCAUUCUUGGACUGCCCCUCAUCUUUGACCAGUUUGACAAUAUGGUUCGCCUGACGUCCAGAGGGGUGGCUAAAUCACUGGAAGUAACAGCCUUGGAUGUUGACACUCUGACACAAGCCCUGCGAGACAUCCUGGACAAAAAGAAACCAUACAGGGAGAACAUGCGCAGACUGUCAAUGCUGCACCACGACCAGCCAAUGAAGCCCAUGGACACUGCCAUCUUCUGGUUGGAGUUUGUAGUGCGCCACAAAGGGGCGACACACUUGCGCACAGAGUCUUACAAGUUACCGUGGUAUGCCUAUUAUAAUGUGGAUGUACUAGCAUUUAUUUUUGGCUUUGUCCUUGCAAUUGUUUUGGUGUUUUUAAUGACCUGCCGGGCACUCUGUAAAACUGUGUGUCGGAAAAAGCAGACAAAAGACAAACUCCAAUAG